UGGACAUGGGGACAUUGCACCACAUGCGUUGCGCCUUGGGUGCCGUGCAUGUGCUACUUGCACUACUUGCCAUUGCGUUGAGCGGAUGCGGGACGGAGGAUGAGCCUGGAGGAAGCAGUCCAGGUGUAACCGAAAAACCUGACAACGUCACGACCACUGGAUCCGGUGGCUUUCUGUCCACCACGAUGGCGACCACAGGCGCCGCAGGACCAACAGCGACGACAGCCCCAGCAGCAACGACAGCACCAACAACAACGACUUCCACUUUGACUCCUGAUACAGAGUGGCCACGGUCAGAUGCCCUAGAUGCUCAAUUCUUGAUUCAGGCGACCUUUGGUCCCACUCACAGCAGCUUGGCAGAGUUGAAGGGGAAGGAGAGUUACGAGGCAUGGAUUGUUCAACAGAUGGCGCUUGAUCCUUCCCUCCUGCGCAGUCGCUACCGCAGUCGGGUCAAUCCCAGCAGUUCCGAAACACGCAGAUCCACCAUCCCCCGGACUGCUUGUGAAGGAGGAUCUCGAUGGUCCAACGUGGCAUUUGACCAACGCGAUGUUGGACUUCAGGUGGUGGCCACUGGGACCGAAAUUUUUGUGGAUGGGCAACUUUGCAGUAUGUUGGAUCCCAACUUGCUGAAGAAUGGCUUGCCAGCACCAAACACCUGCAACAACGAAGGACGUAGCUGGUGGUCAACCCAAACCUGCGCAGACCAAGUGAAGCGUUGGAACUGUGCUGCCAGCGAGUCCUGGACCACAGAUAUGACUUGUCGCCAAAGUUGUUGGGAUAUUGGAAACCCUUAUGAUGGAGAUGACUGCUCCGUGGGUUGGACGAAUCUGAUUUUCACAGGCUACUUGUGUUCUACCCCUGAAGCAGCUGCAGUUGGUGAUUUGAUGAGCAUGUCAACCUCCACGGACUGCUCAAGCAUAGUGGUGAUGCGAAUCCCUGCCAUUUGGAUGGAUGGCAUGACCGACACCGACUUCACUCAAUUUGCCAUCAUUCGCCCCAACAUCAUUGUACUUACUUCCAGUCCAUCAACUUGUGCCUUUGGUAAGUGGCUUCAGGUGAAUGGCAGCGCUUAUCGAUAUGAUUCGAGGUUCAAAUUGGUGGAUGCCACUUCGGCAGAUCAAGAGGUCUGUGUUGCCGUACCAAGCACCGGCUUCAAUUUGGAGCAUUGCAAAGUGUUGGCCGAUCGGGUCUGCAACGUGGCAGAGGCCAGUUCGGCCAGUCUCAACCUCACUGUGGAGACUUUGGAGCAGCUGUCUUCACAAGGGAGGUACAUCUACGAGAUCUCAGGCUUACGAACCACGACGAGUCCAUGUGGCACUUUGUCCAGGUGGAAACUCUGCACAAGUUGCAGCGCCUCCACACUAGAUACAGCCGACAGGAGCUUGAUCGUCAAUGCCUUGGAGUCCAAAGAAGGUGAUUUAAGAGACAUCUUUGUGAACUGCAACUCUGUCUCGGCCAAUGCGGUUGUGAGCAUUUCUGGCAACCUCCUGUUUCAGCAUGUGCACCUUCAGGAAGGCAAUGUCUACGAUUUCUUCCUGUGGGUAUCAGAACACCCAGGAGGCUCCAAUGCCAUCACGAAAUGGGCCAGCAGCGGCUACACGUUGCAAUAUCCUGCCAACCACCCCAUGGACCGCUUUGAAACAAAUCUUGCAAGGCUGCAGUACAUUGGCAAAAUGGGUGAAACCAUUCGAUAUGGUAGCCUCCCAUCCACCGUGAAAAGUGAGACCGUGGCUCUGCAACUGGCGAACCUCUCGAGCUCGCCGAGCUCGGGCGGCUUCACCUUGGCCUGUCCAUCUCCGGGGGAAACGGCCAACAUGCCACAGCUGGGGAACAACGCGCAUUUCUUUACGAUAAAUCGCGAUGAACGCGAAGGAGAUAUUGAUUUUGACUUCCCUUCCCGCGACGGCGAGACCAGAGAUGUCAGCAGGACCAAGAUGAAUAUGUGGAUGGGACAGGCAAUGUCGGCGCCCGAUCAACUGCGACAAAGGAUGGCCUGGGCGUUGUCUCAGGUUGUGGUGGUGGGCACCGGAGGCUUCACUCACGAGUGGCAGAAUGAGCUGUGGCUGAACUACUAUGACAUCUUGGUGCGGAAGGCCGGAAGUCAGAUGAAGUCAGCCUUUGGCAAUUACUUGGACCUCUUGAAAGAGGUGACCUUCAGUCCGUUGAUGGGCGAGUAUCUGUCCUUUUUGCGGAAUUCUGCCUUCGACCAUGAUCAAAAUUAUCCAGAUGAGAACUAUGCACGAGAGGUGCACCGGAUUGGAGGGAGUGGAGCCUACGUAGAAACAGAGGAUGACUUUGACAAGUCCGUGGGUAUCAGCAUGUUAGAUACCGUACAUAUGCCAGCUAUGGCCGAAUGUUUUGCCUUGGACAAUUUGGAGGUGAUGCAGUUGUUCACCAUUGGCACUGUGAAAUUGAACCCGGCUGGUGCUGUGGUCCUGGAUGAUGAAGGCAGCCCCAUUCCAAACUACAACAAUGAGGAGCGUGGACAGUGGCGGGUCUUGUUCAUCGACUCUGACAUCAUGACCUUCGCUCGCGUCUUCACGGGCUUGGACCGGCAGGCAGCUCGAAGCAAUGUCGAGGAGGUCCGCAGCAACAACGGAAAGACGCUGGGCGCCUUGACAGGCGUAGGUGGAAGGUCCAGGAACUCCAGUGAGUUGCAGGUCUUUGAGUCUGUGGCAAGGAAUGCCAUUGACCCUAUGCAGAUGAUCGCACGGUGGCACGACAACUAUCCUAAGCAGGACUUGGACAAGAUGUAUUUGGGCGAUGGAUUGCCUCCAUGCUCCGAAUUGCCGAAGGGCUCCUUUUUGCUAACAGGGGCACGCUAUGAAUUCCUCAGCAGCUACAGUGGUAGUGACGUCCUGAAGCUCCAAUCCAGCUCCCCGUUGUACCAAGCCCUGUGCGGUUCUGGUGGAGCAGCUCGGCCGCAAAGGGAGGUGGUGGUGAACGGCGCUGGUGGACAAGCCGAAGGGUGUGUACCAAUCCUGAGACCCCCCAGGGCGGUUCAUACUGCUGCGGAGGCUGCUCCAGCGUGCAUGGGGAACGACUGGUGGGCACAGAACCGCUACUGUGAAAAACGGUGUUUUGCGGCAGGCAACAGCUAUGGCAUCAACUGUUCAAGCGAUGGAGACUACAGAGAAGAUCAUGUCUGUGGUUAUGAGGAAGAGCUGGUUCCCUUCAGUGAGGCAGAGAAGAACUGCAAAGGCAAAGUGGCGAGCUACCACACCGACAAGACGAAGAUGAACAAAGUCUCGGUGAACUGGGACAAUGGGCCGCUUGAUGUGAAGAAUUGCCCCAGCACUUCACCGACCGAGCUGAGUGAACUCAAGGUUGGUGCCUUCAAGCCCAGCGCCUCUUGCGCUUCGUGUGGGGAAGUCAAGGCAUACUUCAGUGGGAGUAUUGAUGCUAACACCAUCUUCGAGUAUCAGGGCAAGUACUUCCGCAACAUGCGUAGUGUGGUUGUCGUUGGCGACAAGUCCUUCCGCAACCCACCUGUGAUCGGAGCAGAUGUUGAACACACGGCCCGCUCUGCCACGCAAGAAAUCGAGGCCUUAUUGGAGCACUUGGUCUAUCAUCCCAACACCGCUCCCUUCAUCAGCCAUCGCCUGAUCCAGCGUUUUGUGACCUCUAGCCCUUCAACGGCAUAUGUGCAAUCCGUUGCCACUGCGUUCCGCACGGGACGUUAUGGUCGCAGCUAUUCUGGAGAAUAUGGCGAUUUGGGUGCCACCAUGGCAGCCAUUUUGCUCCACCCAGAGGCAAGGGCAUCACAGGAUGCAGGAGCCCUUAGGGAGCCGCUGGUGAAAUUGGUGCACUUUCUGAGGGCUAUGGAGUUUGAGGAUGCCUCACGGAGAGAUCUCUUGUUCGAACUAUUCCAGGAUAGGAUUGGCCAGGAACCAUUUGCAUCACCCACAGUCUUCAAUUUCUACAUGCCUGAUUACGAAUUGCCAUCUGGUCACAUCGCACCCGAGUUCCAAAUCUUCGACUCUGCCGGCUUGGUGAAUUUUCUCAAUGGGAUGUUUUCCUUGAUAGACUACCAGGGAGUCACAGAUUGCAAAUACGGCUUUGGAGUUAAGGUGGACAGAUGUGAUGCCAUGGAUUCGCUAAAGCUGACACUCAGCACUAACUCCACCGAUGCCUUGAAUGAUCUGGAUCUUUUGCUCACGGGCUCUCGUCUCACAAGUCAUGUUCGGGAGGCUGUGAUGACCUACAGCAGCACUCAGAAUGGCGAUGUGAAAGCCAUCCAGGAAGCCAUGGUUCUGACGCCCGAGUUCAAUACCCUGGGUGCUCCCAAGCCUGUGGGACCUCGAGCGCCGGAGACACAGACGGUGGCAAAAGGGCCACCGCGAUCCUACAAGGCCUUUGCCAUUGGCAUGCGAUAUUCUCCUGGGGUGACCAGGCAGCUCUGA